AUGGGACGAGACCUAGCUCGAAGCCGCUCUCCUCAGGGCAAACAUACCUGCAAAGUCUGCCAUAAGCAGUUUACAAGUGCAGCCAGCCUGCGAAGACAUAUCGAUGAGCAGCAUCUCGAAAAAGGGAAGUUAGAGUGUCCGUCAUGUCCGAGCCUCUUUCGUCGCAAGCACGACUUAGAUCGCCACUGGGAGGCCGCACACGAGUCCUCGACCGAACCGGAGGUUCCCCGUACGCCUGGACGGAACCUCGACGUCUUGCAACUUCACCCAGACAAGGCUGAUCGUCGGGCCGUGGAGACUCGCAAUGACCAUUGCCCGCUCCCUGUACGCAGAGUGACAACUAUGACAUCGAUGGUGGGGACUCUUUCAACGGCUUCGGUGGAGACGCGUAACAAGGGAGUGCAGACAGAGCAUGGGGAAGGACAAGUUGUGGAGCGCACCACACAGGAGCUGUUCGACGGCAAGACUGUCGUAGCCAAGAUCACCAAGGAACGUUUUGUUUACGAAUAA